UACACCGUACACUGUAUUCCUCUCCAACCUAUAUACGCACUACGCAGCCUUUACGAGCGCACUGCCUUCGCCGGUUACACAUUGUUUAGUAUUUACGAAUACUAAACCAUGGUUAUUUCUUUUAAACUGAGAACAAAGAAAACUUAAUAAUAUAAAUCGUGUAUUUCUACUGUGAUUCAGUGACAACUUGCAGUGAUUAACUUUGCCGCCCAAGGAUGUCACGCCACGUCCUUCUGUCUCGGCUGGCAGAGCAGUUCCAAGCCUCAUCGCCGCCGGCCCAGCGUUUCCCGUCCCCCGAGCGGAGUGUGUCUCCUCACUCUCCGACAUCUACGAAGUCACCACCACACUCCCCAGAUUCACUUUCACAUAACCGAUUAGACAUGUUGCAACUGGGAGACAUUGAAAUUGCAGGGAGAGCACUGAAGCAAUAUGCUAGAGCUACAGAGCUCGGGGCCUUGAUGUACUGCAGCGGGCUGGGUGCGCUUUACGGCGGCGCAGGAGUAUGGCCGCUGCUGCUGCCACGAGCUUCACCCAACUUUGUCCCACCACUCGACCAUAUGAGACACACGCCACCACGAGAAGAUGACGAAGAAGAGCUGCCUUUAAAUUUAUCGACAAAAAAUCGUCAAAUUUGGUCGCCCGGUAGUGCUUGCGAACGAGAGCAAGACAGAGACACUGAUUCUUCCACGGGUCGCUGGGAUGCGCAGGACGAGGGUGACGCACCCCUGGAACUGGUCAAGCGCUGUCGCAGCAGUCCUGAUGAAGACCACAUCUCCAGCUCUGAGCCUCGUCGCUGCCCCUCCGCGCCCGCCUAUCAAACAUUCCCACCCCCAGCAGCAGAUAUCAACUUUUCAUUAUUACUCAAAAAUGAAAACAAGACUGAAAAAUCAUUUCAGUGCAAGCAAUGUGGAAAAUGCUUCAAACGCAGCAGCACCCUGUCUACUCAUCUCCUCAUUCACUCCGACACCAGGCCGUACCCGUGCCAAUACUGCGGCAAGCGCUUCCAUCAAAAAUCGGAUAUGAAGAAACACACCUACAUACAUACAGGUGAAAAGCCCCACAAAUGCGUCGUAUGCUCAAAAGCUUUCAGCCAAAGCUCGAACCUUAUCACGCAUAUGCGUAAACAUACGGGGUACAAACCUUUCUCCUGCGGUCUAUGCGACAAAGCUUUCCAGCGAAAGGUGGACCUACGCCGACACCGGGACUCACAGCAUUCAGAUGCGAUAGAGACUCCCAAUACAAACUUGACAGCUCGUUACCGAUACUACGGAGAGGAAACCACCUCCCUAGCACCACUUGUUACAAACUAAAUAGAUUUUUAUGACUCAAAUAUACAUUUUUAAACUCAAGUUUUCCAAUGCAUAUAACAUAUUUUUAAUUGACGCAUUUAAAACGCAAAAGUAUCUAUCGUCCCGGUGAGCAAUAAAUAUAACCAAAGAGCAUUUUAAUUGUUGUUGCCAUCAUUGCAUUUAUUGAGUUAGAGGGUACUUUAACAUAAAAUAAAAGCUGCUUCUAGAAAGUGGGUAACAAAAUAUUUAAUAUAACUAUGUAAACUGUAGGUUUUUUUUCUGAAUAAGUGCCUUAAAAUGCCUUUUACUGUAACGUAAUAAUGUACCUAGCCAUAAAGAUCUUAGACACUACGUGGUCAUCGCUAUAUUUUUCAGCUAUCCGUCCAUUGGAACUGUUUCUUUAAUAAGCUUAUGUGUGUUUAGUUAAUAUUUACAAUAAUCUGUAGGAAUUAUAAUUUAUGCAUUCUAUUUUUAUGACUUCAAUGCGUUUAAUUCCUAGUCAAGUCUUACAUACGUAUAGUUUUUUUUCUUUGAAAUAAUUGGGGUUGUCGGUACCUACGCAUAUUUUUAAAUAAAAUUAUUCGCGUUAUCGACACAACUGCCUCUUCAUUAUUAAAAUAUUGAAAAAUCUAGUAAAACGAGAUGUAAAAGUACCUUUUUAAUAACCAUUCCACGAGUUAGACAGUGUUUAAGUAUAUAUAUAUAUAUAUAUUUAAUUCGGUGUGAUUUAGUACAAAUAUUUACUUUUGACAAGUGAAAUUUUUAAAAUUGUUUGCACAGCAGAUUGUAUGUGUAUGAAAUGUUGUAUAAUUAAUCUUAAGUAAAUGGUGUUUGUAUGUAUAUGGAUUAAUAAUUAUUAUUAUUAGAUGUGUAGAUAUAUCUGUUUCACGUAACGAAUGUAAAAUGAGUGAAUUUAAGUCUAUUGAAAAAACCAAAGUAAAGUGUCUUGUAGUCGAGUGUAAAACGCUUUAUUUAUAAAACUUAGUUAAUUUUACAAUAGGUUCUCUAUUAGAUUCAUUUAGGUUUAAUAAUUUACCAUUUUAUUUAUUUUGCUGUGCAUUUGAUUUAAUUAUUAUUAUUUUACAAAGGAUUUGUGUAACCACUAAACAAUAAGACGUUCACGUUACCAAACAAAAAUUGUAAUAAGUAUUUAAACAUUUCAUACGAAAUCUCAUUUGGUGUUAUAAUAAAUAUCAUAAAAUUUGAUUACCAUCACUGAGUCAAAUUUUAAAAAGCUACCAUAAGUAGGUUACCAUUUUUCAUAAAUACCAUUGUAAAUAGCAUAACCUGCUCUACUAUAGACAUACGUUAAAGAUUCAUUUCAAACUCUUACCUAUAUAUAUGUAGAGAAUGUAUCCUAUAAAACGACCAUCUAUUUUACGUUUAUUGAAUAAAAAAAUACAUAAUUUGGGUUUUUUUCGCAUUAUUAGCACCAGCUUUUCUUUUUACCAGCGGUUUCGUUCCUAUAGUUAAAUUAUGCCGUGACAGUCAAUUCCAAUGCAACUUCUGUCCGGCACCGCCCAUUUCGCUUCGUUAGAAUUUGUUUUAGGGCCGUUUUAACGUUCAUUCAUAAACUAUUACCAUUCCAAAUUUCUGUGAAAUUACAACAAUGCUAAAAUAGAUUUAAAUGAUACAUAUUUAAAUUUUAUAGCUGUACCAACUUUAACUUAUAAGUAGAUAUUGAAUUAUAAUUUUAAUUUAAUCUUCUAAUAUAAGUAAUAUGUGUAUUCGUAUUUCAAUUAAUUUUUCAAUUUUUAUUUUCUCGUUUUAUAUACGGAGCAUAUAUAUCGUUUUAUUUAAUUUCUUUUCCGUACGUAACCAGUAGUUAGUAACAUAAUAUGUAGAUACUGAAAUAAACGGCUAGAACACCAAAGCAGUAAUAAUAUAACAUAUUAUCUUUAUGAAAUAACUACAUAAUUGUACUAGCUACCUAUCUACUAUCUAUGUUUUAAAAUUAUUUAAGUUCUCAAACUUUCGUUGAUAAUAUGAACGGUUUAGGAACAAAUAGGUAAUCUGUAUGUGGAAAUAAUUAUCUACCUUCGUUUUUUGAACAAAAAUGAAAACCUUGAAAUUUCAUUAUUUGUAUUUGUACAAUAUAUAUUUUAUACAGUAUAUGUCAUCGGUACGUUAUGUUAUGCGGUUAGACCGAUAACAACUACCAAUAGCUAAGAAUUUUAUGUUGUACUUACCAGUUAAUAAAAUAUAAUUUGUGUAGAUUUUAAGUUCGUAUUAAGAUAAGGCCAGUUUUAAUAAAAUUAUUUAUA